CCCACCGGUGCUGGGGAGAGAGUAAGGUGACGGAGGUGGUCACGUGCACGACCUAAGCGCAGGCGGGCCGGCGGAGCCGGAGCGAUUGCAGAUGGGGACGCUGCCGAAACGAAAAGAUAUUCCACCGUGGGUGAAAAUUCCCGACGACUUGAAAGAUCCUGAGGUGUUUCAGGUCCAGACACAACUCUUGGAAGCUAUGUUUGGCGUAGGUGGAUCUCGAAUCCCGUACAUCGAGCGAGUCAGCAAAGUCAUGCUUGAGUUAAAGGUUCAGGAAUCCUCGGGACUCGCCGAGGUCGUGGUUUAUGGCUCUUACUUGUACAAGCUUAGGGCCAAAUGGAUGCUCCAGUCCAUGGCCGAGUGGCACCGCCAGCGACAGGAACGAGGGAUGCUCAAGCUGGAGGAUGCCAUGAAGGCCCUGCAUCUAGGUCCUUGGAUGAAGUGAAGCCAGUUAGCAACCAACGCACCUGGAUGCAGGAUUGAGAGUAGACUGUGGUCAGAGCUGGAAUGAUCUGGCCUGGUUUAAAGUCUGCUCC